CGUUUCGACGCUUUGAUUUGACAACACGUCAGGGUGGAGUUGAUUGUCGGUUUGUCUCGGAAAACUCCCAGGCAGUGCCCUUUUUAGGGCACUUACGGGUAUAGUCAUGGCUACUGAUAAAGUAACUCUUGCGGAUGCUUUAUCUAAUGUUGAUGUUCUUGAUGAGUUCACAAUGCCUGAUGAACAACCAUGCAUUGAAGCACAACCAUGUUCUGUUGUUUACCAAGCUAAUUUUGAUACUAAUUUUGAAGAUAGAAAUGGAUUUGUGACUGGCAUUGCUAAGUAUAUUGAAGAAGCAACUGUUCAUGCAAGUUUGAACGAGUUAUUGGAAGAAGGAUUAGAGCAUGCUGUGAUGCUUUAUACAUGGAGAUGUUGUUCAAGAGCAAUACCACAACCAAAGUCUAAUGAACAACCUAAUAGAGUUGAAAUUUAUGAAAAAACUGUAGAAGUUCUUGCACCGGAAGUCAAUAAAUUAUUAAAUUUUAUGUAUUUUCAAAGGAAAGCAAUAGAAAGAUUUUCAGCUGAAGUAAAACGGUUAUGUCAUCAAGAAAAAAGAAAAGAUUUUGUAUCUGAAGCAUACUUAUUAACUUUAGGAAAAUUUAUUAAUAUGUUUGCAGUCCUAGAUGAGCUUAAAAAUAUGAAAUCUAGUGUUAAAAAUGAUUAUUCUACUUACAGAAGAGCUGCACAGUUUUUAAAAGUUAUGUCAGAUUCACAGACACUUCAAGAAUCUCAAAAUUUAUCAAUGUUUUUAGCAACUCAAAAUAAAAUUAGAGAUACAGUAAAAGAAAAUUUAGAAAAAAUCCAAGGUUAUGAAGAAUUGUUGGCUGAUGUUGUAAAUAUUUGUGUUCAUAUGUUUGAAACGAAAAUGUACCUAACACCAAAUGAAAAACACAUGUUAGUAAAAGUUAUGGGUUUUGGUCUCUUUUUAAUGGAUAGUGAAUUGUGCAAUAUUAAUAAAUUAGAUCAAAAGAAAAAAUUGAAACUAGAUAGAAUCGAUAGGAUUUUUAAAAAUUUAGAAGUUGUGCCACUAUUUGGGGAUAUGCAAAUUGCUCCUUUUAAUUAUAUUAAGCGAUCGAAACACUUUGAUGUAUCAAAAUGGGCACUAUCUUCUUCUAUAAAUAGCAUGAGUCCACAAGCCGAUUUAAUGGUGCAUUUACCUCAAAUUCGUGAAGAUCAUGUAAAAUAUAUAAGUGAAUUAGCAAGAUAUAGCAAUGAAGUUACUACAACUUAUAAAGAUUGUGGAAGUGACAUUGAAAAUAGAGAAACUGCUGAAUUAGCUUUACGUGGCUUGCAAUUAUUAUCACAAUGGACUAGUGUUGUGACUGAAUUAUAUAGUUGGAAAUUACUACAUCCAACUGAUCAUCAUAUGAAUAAGGAAUGUCCUCAAGAGGCUGAGGAGUAUGAAAGAGCUACCCGUUAUAAUUAUACAGACGAAGAAAAGUUUGCAUUGAUUGAAGUAAUAGCUAUGAUUAAAGGUCUUCAGGUUUUGAUGGCUCGUAUAGAAACUGUUUUUGUUGAUGCUAUUCGUAGAAAUAUAUAUGCUGAAUUACAAGAUUUUGUACAAUUAAUUCUUCGAGAACCAUUAAGAAAAGCAAUAAAAAAUAAAAAAGAUUUAAUUAGAAGUAUUAUUGUUUCUGUACGAGAAACUUGUGCAGAUUGGCAUUUUGGAGUAGAACCUACAGCAGAUCCAGCACUUAAAGGAAAAAAAGAUCCAGAUAAUGGAUUUGGUAUCAAAGUGCCAAGAAGAAAAGUUGGUCCAUCAUCAACUCAACUGUACAUGGUACGUACAAUGCUUGAAUCACUAAUUGCUGACAAAAGUGGCGGGAAACGUACGCUACGGAAAGAUAUCGAUGGUCAAUAUCUUAUCCAAAUCGAUCAAUUUCAUAAAACUAGUUUUUAUUGGAGUUACUUAUUAAAUUUUAGUGAGUCUUUACAAAAUUGUUGUGAUCUAUCACAAUUAUGGUAUAGAGAAUUUUAUCUUGAGAUGACCAUGGGCCGUAAAAUACAGAAAUGCCAUGUGCGACACCAGCAUAAUGAGGAAUGCAGCGAUUUGAUCACCAUGGAGAAACGCAUUCAGUUUCCAAUUGAAAUGUCUAUGCCCUGGAUUUUAACUGAUCACAUUCUGAGAAGUAAAGAACCUUCGAUGAUGGAGUAUGUACUUUAUCCAUUAGAUUUAUACAAUGAUAGUGCAUUGUAUGCUUUAACCAUAUUCCGCAAACAAUUUUUGUAUGAUGAGGUUGAAGCCGAGGUAAAUUUGUGUUUUGAUCAGUUUGUUUACAAACUCAGUGAACAAAUUUUCGCCCACUAUAAACAAUUAGCUUCGAGUAUUUUGUUAGAUAAAAGAUUUCGAGUUGAAUGCUUAGCUGCUGGGGCUUACAUUUUAUCAUAUCCGCGAGCAAAUCGAUACGAAACUCUUCUUAAACAACGGCAUGUUCAACUACUCGGUCGUAGUAUUGAUCUUAACAAACUGAUAACACAGCGGAUUAAUGCUGAUAUGCAAAAAUCAUUAGACUUGGCUAUUAGCAAGUUCGAAUCUGGAGAUAUAACAGGAGUUAUUGAAUUGGAAGGAUUAUUACAAGUCAAUCGUUUAACACACAAACUUCUUAGUAAAUGGCUUGCAUUGGACGAAUAUGAUGCAAUGUUUAGAGAGGCUAAUCAUAACGUUUUAGCUCCUUAUGGACGCAUUACACUGCAUGUUUUUUGGGAACUUAAUUAUGACUUUUUGCCAAAUUAUUGUUACAAUGCAGCUACAAAUAGAUUUAUUAAAUGUCGGGGACUACAAUUCGUACAACCAGUUCAUCGCGACAAGCCACCACAAAUGUCCCAUCAUUAUCUCUGGGGUAGCAAGCAACUGAAUCUCGCUUACAGCACUCAAUACGGACAAUAUUCAGGUUUCGUCGGAUUUUAUCAUUUUCGUACAAUGUGCAAGCUUCUCGGCUACCAGGGAAUAGCCGUCGUUAUGGAGGAGCUCCUUAAGAUCGUGAAAUCUUUGAUUCAGGGCAGUCUUUUGCAAUUCACGAAAACCCUUAUGGAGGCUAUGCCGAAAGUCUGCAAAUUGCCAAGAUAUGAUUAUGGAUCACCAGGUGUACUCGGAUAUUAUCACGCCCAACUGAAUGAUAUUGUGCAAUAUCCCGAUGCGAAGACCGAGCUCUUUCAUAAUUUCCGCGAAUUCGGAAAUACCAUUCUGUUUUGUUUGUUAAUGGAACAAGCUCUCUCACAGGAGGAAGUUUGUGACCUCAUGCAUGCCGCGCCAUUCCAAAAUAUUCUGCCGAGACCUUAUUGCAAAGAGGGAGAAAAACCAGAAACUAAACAAAAAAGAUUAGAGGUUAAAUAUUCAGCACUUCAAAUUGUACCAAAUGUUGACAAAUAUGGAACAGCAAAACAAGCAAUGGUUGCCAAAGAAGGAGAUUUGUUGACGCGAGAGAGACUCUGUUGUGGUUUGUCAAUAUUCGAAGUUGUACUAAGUAGAUUACGUAGCUUUUUGGAUGAUCCAAUUUGGGUAGGACCACCACCAGCUAAUGGAGUAAUGAAUAUUGACGAAUGUACCGAAUUUCACAGACUUUGGAGUGCGCUUCAAUUUGUUUACUGUAUUCCUGUGGGAGAUACCGAAUUUACAGUCGAAGAAUUAUUUGGUGAAGGCUUGCACUGGGCUGGGUGUGCAAUGAUUAUUCUUCUGGGGCAGCAAAGGCGAUUCGAGGCUUUAGAUUUCUGCUAUCAUAUUUUAAGAGUACAGCGGGUUGAUGGCAAAGAUGAAAAUGUCAAAGGAAUUCAUUUAAAACGUAUGGUAGAUAGAAUCAGACGCUUCCAAGUCUUAAAUUCACAAAUUUUUGCUGUGCUGAAUAAAUAUCUUAAAAGUGGCGAUAGUGAUGCUUCUAGUGUCGAACAUGUCAGAUGUUUUCCACCACCUAUUCAUCCAUCAUUAGCUCAUGUUCAGCAGCACUAUCAUGCUCCAGAGUAUUUAAGACAAGUAAAUCAUCCAUAAAGAAACCAAAGUAGGUUUAUAGAUAUGACAAUUAUUCCGUUAUUAUUACUAUAAUUAUUCGCCAAAAGUUAUUAAACGAAUGC